ACCCGGCAAUGAAGGCGAGUGGACAUCGAGUCCCUCGAUUCCGCGUCAUUUUCGUUCCUGUCUGGCACCUGAAGUAGAAGUAGUUGUCUUGAAUUAACUCUCAAGAGAUUUUGCUGUAAUAUCAAGAAACGUUUACUCCUGCAACGGGCAGUGUUUUUGGAUUUCUUUUUCGUGUCGGGUCGGGUCGAACAUUUCCAAGAUGACCAUCUUCUUCACCAACCUCUCCUACUGACAAAAUAAAAUAAAGACGACCAAAAGAGCACAACUUCCCCUAAUUUUUAAUAUAAUAUCCUAUUGGUUGGAAAGGGUCCACUGAAUGUCUGUUACAAGAAGAGGCCAGCUCUUGAUCUGGGUCCUUGAGGGAUGUUGAAUUGUUGGAUUUGAUCUGGGUUCCGUCAAUAACAGCUCACUGUUCCUGGGUCUUGAACUUUUCAAGAUUCAAGUUGGGAUUGUUUUCUUUUCUCUUUUUGUAAAGAAUAAAGUAGUUGUUCUUCCCGGUGAUACAUUGGCAAAAUGUGGAGAGACCCGGGAACUCCAGCUGAUUCUUAUUAUCAGGUGCGGCCUGAAUGCACUGAUGUGCCAGAGAGCAAGUUCAGAAUCAAGGCUGGAAAAACUUUAAGUUCCCGGAAAUGGAAAGCUUCUUUCUCUCCAGAAGGUUAUCUUGAUAUUGGCAAAACACUCCGUAGAAUUCAGCGCGGAGGCAUUCACCCAUCGAUUAGAGGUGAAGUUUGGGAGUUCUUAUUGGGUUGUUAUGAUCCUAAGAGCACCUUUGAGGAACGAGAGCAGAUACGGCAGCGUCGAAGAAUCAGCUAUGCACAUUUGAAAGAAGAUUGUCAUCAAAUGUUUCCCUUGGUUGGAAGCGGGAAGUUGGUCACUGCACCAAUAAUUACAGAAGAUGGUGAACCUACUCAGGAUCCCAUAGUACUUCAACAAAUUAAUCUUGAAAAAGAACCUGCAGCUCUUACUGUGGGGAAUGGUAAUGAUGAAAACCCAGAUGCUUCUGGUGGCUCCCAAAUGGGAAAACAAUCAAAUGGACAUGGUGCAAUGGACAAGAGAGAAAUUCAGUGGAAACUUACAUUACAUCAAAUAGGUCUCGACGUAGUACGCACUGACAGGACGCUAGUGUUUUAUGAGAAACAAGAACAUUUGUCAAAACUUUGGGAUAUCCUGGCUGUCUAUGCCUGGUUCGAUGCAGAUGUUGGCUACUGCCAAGGUAUGAGUGAUCUUUGCUCUCCAAUGAUUAUGCUUCUUGAGGAUGAGGCAGAUGCAUUCUGGUGCUUUGAACGCAUGAUGCGCAGAUUGCGAGGAAAUUUCAGAUGCACCGAGCGCUCUGUGGGGGUGGAGGCACAACUUGGUAAUCUAGCUUCAGUAACGCAAGUUAUUGACCCUAAACUUCAUCAGCACCUAGAAACUCUAGGCGGGGGUGAUUAUCUGUUUGCUAUCAGAAUGCUUAUGGUUUUGUUUCGCCGAGAAUUCUCUUUUCCUGAUUCUUUGUACCUUUGGGAGAUGAUGUGGGCCCUAGAGUAUGACCCUGAUUUAUUCUCCAUGUACGAGGAUCAUGAAUCAGCUGAAAAAUCUGAGGGACCUUCUAGGGGAAAGGCCAAGUCGAAACGGCACUGUGGGAAGUUUGAAAGAGAAAACCUGAAGAAUGGACGCAAAAAUGCUUCUACACCCCUACCUAUUUCUGUUUUUCUUGUGGCCAGUGUCCUAAAGGAUAAGAGCUCUAAGUUGACGGAAGCUCGAGGCUUAGAUGAUGUUGUUAAGAUUCUGAAUGAUGUUACUGGUAGCCUUGACGCCAAAAAAGCUUGCACAGGCGCCAUGAAGCUUCACAAGAAAUACCUAAAAAAGGCCAAAAAUACGUGAAACAGGCCAAAGUUAAUCUGAUGGAGUUAGCAUUUUGGCUUUGUCAAGUAACAACUCUCGGUUACCUGACAUAUGAGCAACUCCAGUAUUGUCAUGCUAAUCCAAUCUCAGGGAUUACCUAGGAGCAAACUCCGGCUUAGAUCCCAUUUGUUGUAUGUUGAAUUAUUUAUUUUUUCUGUACUGGUCAGUGACAUUCUUAUAUGACGACCUCUCCUGGUCUGUAAUUAUGUACCAGUACCACUAGGUGUUCCUGUAAUAGUUGAGAUGUAUGAAACUAAUUGUUUGUACAAGAUCUAAUCGACAUCAAUAAAAGAGAAUCAAUUUUCGGGACUGGC